GUUUUAGCCACCUUACUUCUUUGUGGUUGUUUGCCUAUCUACAUUGCCAUUUUGUAAAUGUGAGUGUACCAAAUUUCAGUAAGACAAUUUAGCCAUUAACCGUUCCGUUCGAUUAUGUUGAAUAUUGUGUGCGAACUGAAUCCAAAAAUGUUAUGUUUGUCUCGUCACCCCCGACGCCUAGCCCAUUGAACAGUUGCAAGUACCACGGAUUGAUGAUAUAGAUGCGAAUAGCCCCGAAGUCUCUCUGAACCCAAAGCUCCGUUAGUCCUUUGUUGAUGGUAAUCGUGCAUUAGAAAAGAAAUCGUUAGCAUUCCGUAGAGGCAUUAUACGAGGCACGGAGCGAGCAUGUUCAGUAUCAGCGAGCUCUGUUGCAUGUUUUGCUGCCCACCAUGUCCGGGUCCCAUUGCGGCCAAGUUGGCCUUCCAGCCACCGGAACCUACGUACAAAUUAACUCCGGCGGAUGACACCAACAUCCGGUACAAUUUGCAGUUGUUCGAUCGGGCUGAGUGGCAGUAUUCCGAACGAGAGAAAUCGAAAGUGGAGGCCUUUUUCACGCGCACAUCGCGUGGCAACCUGAUCACCUGCAUCUAUGUCAGGUGCAGCAAGAACGCCAAGUACACGCUUCUCUUCUCCCAUGGAAACGCUGUCGAUCUGGGCCAGAUGAGCAGCUUCUACUUGACCCUGGGAUCACAGAUUAAUUGCAACAUCUUUGGCUACGACUAUUCCGGGUAUGGAAUGAGCGGUGGCAAACCUUCCGAAAAGAAUCUUUAUGCUGAUAUAGAAGCAGCUUGGCAGGCGAUGAGAACCAGAUUCAACAUCAGCCCGGAGACAAUCAUCUUGUAUGGCCAGAGCAUUGGCACUGUGCCCACUGUUGACCUGGCUUCGCGACACGAAGUCGGCGCUGUGAUACUCCACUCGCCUCUGAUGUCCGGUCUAAGGGUCGUCUUUAGAAACACAAAGAGAACCUGGUUCUUUGAUGCCUUCCCCAGUAUUGAUAAGGUGGCUAAGGUGAAGGCUCCCGUUCUGGUUAUCCAUGGCACUGACGACGAGGUCAUUGACUUUUCUCAUGGCAUCGGAAUCUACGAGAGGUGUCCUAAGACUGUCGAACCGUUUUGGGUGGAGGGUGCUGGGCACAAUGACGUUGAACUGCAUCCGCAUUAUUACGAGCGACUGCGCAAGUUUCUUUCGGUGGAGCUCGUUAAAUGACAAUUAAAGAAUAAUGUCGACGGAGGAGUUAGUGACACUACAUCUGGCAUAAUAUCCAAUUCAAACCCUGCCGCCGGUAGUGCGUCCCUAAGUUCAAAGCACCCGAAUCCUGCCCCAGCAGCAGGAAGCGAAACAAGUAAAAAAAAUGUGGAAACAAAUAACAAACGGAAUGAAAACGAUGGUUUGUAAUAGAUCAUAAAUAUUGCAAUGUAAUUAUUUAUAUAGCUCACAUCAAUACAUUCGAGAAUUGCAUUUUUAAAGAUUAUAUAAUACCAGUUAGUUGUCAGGAGUUUUACACCAAGAUCCCCCAUAUUUACAGCAUUGUGAUCCUGGUCCCCGUAUUAAUUAAAUAAGCAUAGGUCAUAUCAUCUAAUUAUUAAUAAUAUUCGUAGAAAAAUCAAACAAAUAACCAAUUAAUUUGAGUUCAAAAAUGAACUUAUAGCAAUAUGCUUCAGUAAUAUGGUUUUAAUAAUGUAAGGACAAAAAAAAAAAGUUUGAAUAAAGCAAUUUUUUGAUACUUUGAAA